AUGAAAUUUUUGAUUGUUUUUGUAGUGGUGUUUGGAGCCUGCUUGGCGAAUCCACAAAGGCGACCUCAGUCGUAUUACGACAAUAAUCAAGACCAACAACAAAACACUGCACAAAAUUACCAAGACAAUACUGCGCAGCAGUAUCAACAAAAUUUGGUCCAAGAACAACAAAAUGUAGACAAUCGUCGGUAUCAAGAACCUAACGAAAAAGUUAUUAAGUUCAUUCCGAUUAUCAGAUUUGAUAAAGAACAAGGAGAAGAUGGUAGUUACAAAGCAUCUUAUGAAACCGGAAAUAACAUCAUUGCAGAAGAAGAAGGAUAUUUAAAAGAACUUGGACCGGAUCCUGAAGAAGCCGGAAAAACCAUCAAAUCCCAAGUACAACUAGGUCGUUUUACUUACACUUCCCCAGAUGGAACAGUUAUUGAAACUAAAUACACUGCAGAUGAAAAUGGUUUCCACGCUGAAGGUGAUCACUUACCAACACCGCCGCCAGUUAGUCCCGAAGUACAAAAAGGACUAGACCUCAUUUUCGCUGGAAUUAGAGCGCAGCAAGAAGCUGAUGCCCGUAGACUGCAAGAACACCCUGAGCUAAAGGACAGACCCCAACAAUAUGACGAUGGACAAUACAGACAAGAGCUACAAUAAUUUAACGAAAUAAUAAUCUUGCAUGUACAUUCUGUGAUUUCAUUAUUGUUUUUUCAACAACCCAUUUUUUCUUGUAGAGACUGAAUAAAAAAUCAUUGAUUACACCGUGGGUAACAACUUGAAGUAACAAAAAUAAAAAUUUUAUACCAACAGA